CACGGGAAUCACUUGGAUCAUUCCAAGGCCUUGAUGUGACCCCCUGGAUAAACCCAAGCAUCUUAUCAGAUCUCCUGUGUUAUGAGAUCUUCCCACUGCAGCCUGUGGACACACAAACUGUUCUGAGUCCUAAAUGCUCCUUUCCAGUGAUCCUUUUCCUGGGCAAAGGUGAAGUGACCCUCCACCAUGUCACUGUUGCAAGGGGCCAAGGUGCUGCAGACUCUGGAGGAAGCCUUGAGGAAGAGCCUCCCUGCGUCCAUAAAGGUUUAUGGGACAAUCUUCCACAUAAGACAGGGAAACCCAUUCAAGCUAAUGGCUUUGGUGGACAAUUGGCCUGAUUUUAACACAGUGGUUGUCCGCCCUCAGGAGCAGGAUAUGAUAGAUGACCUUGAUCACUAUACCAAUACCUACCAAAUCUUCUCCAAAGAUAUCCAAAACUGUCAGAAAUUCCUUGGUUCACCAGAAGUCAUCAAUUGGAAGCAGCAUUUACAAAUUCAAAGUUCACAGCCCAGCCUGAAUGAGGUGAUAGAAAAUCUUGCAGCCAUUAAAUCUUUUAAAGUCAAACAAACACAAUGCAUUCUCUAUGUAAAGUCUGAGACAGCCAAGAAACUGUCUCCUUCCCUGAUGGAUACACAAACUUUAUCAUCCAGUGGUGGCAAGCCCAAGCAUAUCAAUAAAGAGGUCUUUAAAAUCUCAUCCCUGGAUGCUACCCAUGCCACCUUGGUAAAUAAGUUUUGGUCUUUUGGAGGCAAUGAGAGAAGCCAGAAAUUCAUUGAGCACUGUAUCCAGACCUUCCCCAGCUUCUGUCUGCUGGGGCCCGAGGGGACACCUGUGUCCUGGAGCCUAAUGGACCAGACUGGAGAGAUGCGGAUGUCAGGCACCAUACCAGAGUACCGGGUCCAUGGCCUCAUCUCCUAUGUCAUCUAUUCCCAUGUACAGACAAUGCACAAACUUGGUUUUCCCAUCUAUUCUCACACAGAUAAGAAAAAUGAAGCUAUGCAAAAAGUGGCUCAGAAUCUGCAUUAUAUCCCCAUUGUAGGAGGCUGGAACCAGUGGAACUGUGUGCCCUUGUGAACCAAGCUUUGAACAUUCACAGUUUUGGGUGGACCUGGGCAUAUAUUUAGGGAGGUGGGUGGUGGAUGAAGGAGAGAUAAAUUGUAAUCAAUGAGAAAGCAGUGAGCACUCUCUGGGCUCUGGGGAAGCAGUGUGAUGGUCAACAGGAUCACCCGGUCCCUGCAUUGAUGAAAAAUUUUCAAAUUGUAUAUAAAAACAGCACACUGUACCCCAUGACUGUAUUAAUGUACACAGCUACGAUUUAAUAAA